UUCCCAAGGACAGGAUGAAACCGAGAUGAGACUGAGACAUGGUAGACUUGAGGAAUUCACAUCGGAACACUCACCAAGCCUCUUGGGUCACACAUACUUUAGGAAUUCCAUGGAAUCCCAAAUUCCUUUGCGGCACUUACCGGAACUGAGCAAAUGAUCACCACAGAAUUGGACCAUAGGCGAAUCUGCAGCACCCGCUUCCCGUGGGUCACGAUCGGAGCGCUUGGUGAUACCGCGACGAUCUGCGUCGGUGAACGGGGGGAGGGCUGUGGGGGGCAUCUGUGGGCUGUUGUCGGCAGCAGCCCACGUCGAUGACCAAUUCGUGCGUAGGCGAACCGAGCUCGGGGAACGUGAAGCCCACUUCGGUUUUCGACGGUGUCGAGUUCGGAGUGUGAGACGUGCAUCUCGUUCUCGAGUUCGGAGCCCCUUCGGACCAUGGAGUUCGGUUCGGGCGAAAAAAGGAACAAAAAGGGGGAUCGCUUCGGUGCACUCCGUCGGCGACGGCCACCCUCUUCGCACGGAGGGCCUGGCCGUCACAUGAGCCAAUCUGGGUCCGGCGAAGCGCCAGUGAGCGCAGCUGCGUGUCCAACAAUGUCAGGCCCUUUUGAACGGUGAAUUGGACUCUGUUUGACUUCCGGAUGGUGCGCCGAGAACUCCUUUGACUCACUUGGCCGAAUCGCUGUGCUUGGCAUUCAGGACAUAUGCAGGGUAUGAGAAGUUGCUUGGUCAACUUGCGCGUCUGCACAGAGGGAUGAAGGCAAAGUUCCAGUUUGCACCAGACACUGCAAGGUGCCAACUGGAACUUGGAAAGCUCUUGCAAGACAGACACUGCAAGCAUUUGCUAAAUCUAUAUAUCGCAAGCAGUUGCUUCUUCGACACUGCACUGCUCCCGGCACUUGGUCGUCAAUCUUUCCCUCCAAAGGGUUAUAUAUUAAAGAAGAAGUACCAGACAGCUGCUCCGUUCUAGAAGUUCUUCCAAGAACGAGUAACUAGGACUUGUAGUGACUGACAUCACUAAGAUUUUGUCUGACCAAAUGAACCUAGCACGUUGUCGUGCUACUUGACAACAGCAUGCAGGCCCUGCCCGAGACGGCUCCGAAUCGGGCUGCGAAGCUACCUGCUGUGAGGCAGAAGAUCCUGGAGCGCCUGAAGCUCCAGGCUGCUGCCCCUCCGGUCGCACCGCCGCACUUGGCAUUGGCCGUUCCCAAAGAUCCGCCCGAAGUGCCACCGGUGGUGCCGCCCACGCCUGACGAGCGUUUGGAGCAGUUGAAGGUGGAUGGCACAGAGCUCUGUGGAGAUGAGGCAUGGUUUGCAGACACUCAACUGCGAGAGGGUCUGCGUGCGGCGGUCCGUGAGGCCCACCGAGAGCAGAAGAUCUUGAUGGCCUCCGCAGCUGAGGAGGUCUCCCGCAUUGCCGGCGAGGGCGGCUUUCAGCGCCCCUCGGCCUUGGCGGUCUUGCGACUGGGUGGAGCUCAGCUUGGCGGCUACGGUGAGGGAGACAUCGCCUACUCUUUUCGCCAGCUGUCCAGGGUGCUUCAUCCUGACAAGAAUCCAGACUUGGCACAGGCUGACCAGGCCUUUCAUCGCCUCAGCGAGGCCGCGGAUGAACUGCGCAAGGGCUUGCAGGAGCAGCGGCGGCUCGUGAUUUGGUUCGCCUCAGCCACAAGCCAGCAGGUACCUGACAGUGUGAUGGAAAGGCCCCAGGAACCACUGUUUGCGGAGGCUUGCCGCCUGCUGACAGUGAUUUGUGGCCUUGCAGGCGAGGGCCUGGUGACCAUAGUCGCGCGUGGACGUGCGCUGUCCCUCUUCACCAGCACCUACCAGGGCUGUCGAGCACCAGAGCUUCUAGGCCUUUGGUUUGACAGGCCUCAACUGCUGGAAGCGAUGGCUUCGCCAUCGAUGCGUAUUGCCUACGAUUGUGCUGCUAAGCGCUAUCGAGCUCAGUUUCUUUGCCUCUUGAGCCGUGUGCUCGCGGCAGAAGUGAAACGAACUGGAGCGCUGCCGCGUGAUGGGUGGAAGAAGAUUGCGGAGACCUUUCCAGAGCUGGUCUUGUGGCAGGACUUGCGUGAGCAGAUUUACCAGCGCUGCUGGAUGGUGGGAGCUGACGAUCCACCUGGAAUGGCAGGCAUCGACCGCAGUCGAAGCCCUGCUCGAGCGCUCCGGAGUAGGUGGGCCCGCAAGUGGAGGAAAGCCAUGGCAGCGAUCCUGCCAUCGGGCGAGGACACUGCAGCCCCCGCAGCGGAUCCCGAGGUCAAGAAGUUGGCUCAUGUGAUGUGGAAGGACAUUGUAGCGGUCGCAGAGAGGGAGCCACACGGUUCAGGGCCAAAGCGAGCCCUGGGACUCUUCCGCGCGGAGCAUCACUCUCCGGCGACCUUCGGCCGGUCUUCGGCGAAGGACCGCCCUUCGGUCGAGGCGACGGAGUGGUGCUUUAUCCCAAGCUCUGACAUCUUCCUGGUCGUUGGAGAAGACUUGAUCGGUAUGACGCUCGAAGGCCUUUUUGCUGACAAUGCUCCUGGCCAGAAGAGGCUAAGCUUAGCUGAGUGCUACAGGAAGAGAGAUUCCCCUGCUCCAAAAGCUGCUGCUGUGAACCAAGCCCGGCCAAGCAACGGACAGGUGCUGCAAGUGGUGGAAGACGUUGUAGAGGUCUCCCCAGAAGAGGAGCCUAAGGUGUCGGAGCCGACGUUGUCGGAUCUCCUGGGCCUGGGCCGAUGAUCCGAUGAGGAAGUGAAGGACAUCUCCUUGCUUGACUGGCUGCGAGCGCUCGCAAGACCAUGCCAUUUUGCAAAAAAAGGAUGUGGGUGCUCCGAAAACAAUCAAAAACAAGACCCAAGGCUUAGGCCACCAACAGGGUGUUCAAAACUCGAGAGGUGAACAUCGCUACGAAAACUCUUCUUCACUCCUUUUCUUCUUUUUCGUGCGUGAAGGCUAGGUUCUUUUUGGGUGUGCUUUCUACUACGUGUUGUCAUGCUUGGACCCACAGACCUACAGAAUUCCUGUUUCUGCCGCAUUUUCAUACGAUUUCAGCCGUUAGUC